CUCUCUCUUCUUCUUCCUCCUCCUCUUCUGUUGUUACAUGUGAGGCAGCUGCAGCUGUUGAGUCGUGAGGAUGUUGGAGAAGGAGCAAGAGUUUGACGUAGAGAAAGUGAUAGAGAACUUUGAAGCUUUGACAAAGGAUGCUGAGAGUGUUCAAAGGGAGACUCUGAGAAGGAUUUUGGAAGACAAUGCAUCAGCAGAAUACUUGCAGAAUCUGGGUCUCCAUGGAAGAACUGAUCCGGACGGCUUCAAAGCUUGUGUCCCUCUGGUCACACACAAAGAUUUGGAGCCAUAUAUACAGAGAAUCAUUGAUGGCGAGGCUUCAUCUUUUCUCACUGGAAAACCCAUCACAACCAUGUCGCUAAGUUCUGGCACUACUCAGGGGAAGCCCAAAUUUGUGCCUUGGAAUGAUGAAUUGUUUGAUACCACAUUGCAGAUUUAUCAGACUUCCUUUGCCUUUAGGAACAAAGAAUUCCCUAUACAAAAUGGGAAGGUCUUGAACUUCAUCUACAGCAGCAAGCAGUUCAUAACCAAAGGAGGCUUGAUAGCUGGAACUGCUACAACAAACCUGUUUCGUGAUCCACGAUACAAAAGCUCGAUGAAGGCGAUUCAGUCCCAAUGCAGCAGCCCGUAUGAAGUGAUAUUUGGUUCUGAUUUUCAUCAAUCUUUGUACUGUCAUCUACUGUGUGGACUAAUCUUCAGAGAAGAAAUUCAAUGGGUCGGUUCUACAUUUGCACAUAGCAUUGUCCAUGCUUUCAGAGUCUUUGAACAAGCUUGGGAGGAGCUCUGUACUGAUAUCCGAGAAGGGGUCCUCACAAACAGAGUCACUGAUCCUUCAAUCCGAGCAGUCAUGGAAAAAUUGCUCAAGCCAGACCCAGAAGAAGCUGAUCUGAUUUAUAAGAAAUGUGUGGGUUUGAGCAACUGGUAUGGACUAAUACCAGAGCUUUUUCCCAAUGCAAAGUAUGUUUAUGGGAUCAUGACUGGGUCUAUGGAACCUUAUUUGAAGAAGCUGAGGCAUUAUGCAGGAAAGCUGCCAUUGGUGACUGCAGAUUAUGGUUCUUCUGAAGGCUGGAUAGCCGCGAAUGUUAACCCGAAAAUUCCCCCAGAAUCUGCUACUUAUGCAGUUCUUCCUCAGAUUGGUUACUUCGAGUUCGUCCCUCUCACACAGAUCGACACAACUGUGGGGCUCACUGAAGUGAAGGUUGGAGAAGAAUAUGAGAUUGUCAUAACCAAUCCAGCAGGCUUAUACAGAUACAGGUUGGGGGAUGUGGUGAAGGUGAUGGGUUUCCAUAACUCAACUCCAGAACUCAAGUUUGUUCGAAGGAGCAGUCUUCUGCUAACCAUAAACAUUGAUAAGAACACAGAGAAGGAUUUGCAGUUAGCAGUAGAAGAAGCGGCAAAACUAUUAGCAAAGGACAAAGCAGAAGUUGUGGACUUCACAAGCCAUGUGGAUUUGUCGACAGAGCCAGGGCACUAUGUUAUCUUCUGGGAAAUCAGUGGGGAGGCAAGUGAACAAGUUCUCACACAAUGCUGCAACUGUCUGGACAAGUCCUUUGUGGAUGCUGGCUAUGUCAGUGCUCGGAAAGUGAAGUGGAUCGGCGACCUCGAACUCCGGCUCGUUCGGAGGGGAACAUUCCAGAAGAUUCUGGAUCAUUUCCUUGAACUUGGAGGUGCCGUUAGUCAGUACAAGACACCAAGAUGUGUAGGGCCUGCAAAUAUUGGAGUGUUGCAAAUCUUGAGCGACAAUGUCGUUAUGAAGUAUCUCAGUAAUGCUUUCAACUGAAAGAAAAGAUGGAUAUAAGAAUUAGCGAAUUCAAAGGUUGCUUUAGUAUCAUCAAAUUCUGCAAACUAAUUAAAUUUCCUAUUUCAUCUUUCCCCCCAUGUCUUUCUUUCUUUGCUUUUUCUUCUUUUUUUUUUUAUUUUUUUCACUUUCUUUUCCUUUUCCUCCCCCUCAUCAUGUUCUUGUAACAAAAUCGCCCCAGUGUAAAUGUUACUGAACAAUGUGUUUUUAACUUUUAAAUGUGUUAUAGAUUUAAUAUCUCUAUAAAAAUCUAUAACAGAUAACAUUAUUUAUGAUGA